GGUAAAGAGCCAAGAGGAAUCAUUUGUUGUUGUUCUUCACCAUCUCUCUCUAAUUUCUUUUUCUCUCUCUCUCUCUUGUUAGAACAGAGCUAUCAAUGGAAAGCUCCAUCCAAUUCCAAGAAAACCAAUACCGAUCCAUGAUUCCAUCUCAAAACAGUCGAACCAGUGAAACAUCAAACAGUAGCAGCAUCAGCAACACCUCCAACAAUGGUUUCCACCAACAGCCGGCGACGGCGAAUCCUUCAACUCCGACGACGCCAAAACCCAUAACGAGGUCAACCGAACCCAACAAUCCAUACCCGACUACUUUCGUUCAGGCAGACACAGCCUCUUUCAAACAAGUAGUUCAGAUGCUAACCGGAUCAACCGGUCAAACCAAACCCGAUCCACCUAAGAACCCAAUUCCUGUCAUCAAAACAGGACAGAAGAAAAACCCUUCUUCCAAACUGUACGAGAGAAGAAACAGUAUGAAGAAUUUUAAGAUCAACCCAUUACCACCCGGAUUCACUCAUGGAUCUAUGUUCUCGCCCCGAAACCCAAUCACGCCGGAGAUUCUUUCACCUAGUAUACUGAAUUUCCCGUCGUUGGUUCUCAGUCCGGUCACCCCUCUCUUGUCUGAUCCAUUCAACCGGUCCCCUGUAAACGAGGUUGAAAAAACAGAGGAUCAAGCCAUUGCUGACAAAGAAUUCUUCUUUCACCCUUCGCCGGCGAAUACUCCGAGGGAAGUGGAGCCCCGACUGUUGCCCCUGUUUCCGGUCACAUCUCCUCGAGUCGCCGGUUCAUCCAAUUGACGUAAGAUCUUACAAUACUCCUCCUCCAUUUUCGUACACAUCUAUCAUAAAGAAAGAGAAAGAGUUUGUCUUUCUUCAUCAAUUUUGUGGGUGUUCUUCUUUGUUUUUUUCCUUUGAUCUUUAGCUUCUUCAAUCAAGGUAUAAUUCAGUAUUAGUGGAUCAAGAUUCAUGGCUUCUAAUUCAAAAUCUCAUUUCAAUUCAAUCAUAUUUGAAGCUAUGCUCAUGUAACAAACAAGACUAAUUCACUGCCUUUGAUUAUUCUCUUUUUCAAUUGAAUAUAAAUUUUGAUUUUU